CCGCCUUUUCCCGUGGCCCGCACGGGGCCCAGCUGACGGGCCGCGUUGUUUACGGGCUGAGCAGCCCUUGCUCCCGCCGCCCGCCAGCUCAGGUGCCCGCCCGCCUGUCCGCGCGUCCCUCUGCCCCGGAGUCCGCAGAUCGUGGCCCAGAGCGCGCAAGGCCGAGAAGCAGGAGACACGGAGCGCAGCGCGGAGCAUCAGGCUCUGGGAUCACGGGACGGGGUCCGGGCCGCAGUGGCCUGAGGGUCGGAGCCGCCUCCGCCGGGCCGCGCGCCACCGCUUUGGUAACCGCCGAGGCCGCGCGCCCGCCCCGGGGCCGCGUCCAGGGUCCCUGGCGUGGGGGCUCCGGCCAGCGGGCCGCCAGCGGGGAGGAGAAGGACACGCAGUCCCCAAGCGCCUCCCCGAAGGCCGCCUCGAAGCAUGACCCCCGCGGGCCCGCGCCGCGCGCUCUGAUUCGCUGGGACCCCGCGCUCCAGCAGCCAUGGGCGCCGGGGGUCGGCGGGGGGCGGCUGCCGCGGCGCUGCUGGUGGCGGUGGCCUCGCUCCUGGUGGGCGCCGCGGGCCACCUGUACCCUGGAGAGGUGUGUCCUGGCAUGGACAUUCGGAACAACCUCACCAGGCUGCAUGAACUGGAGAACUGCUCGGUGAUCGAGGGACACCUGCAGAUCCUGCUGAUGUUCAAGACGAGACCCGAGGACUUCCGAGACCUCAGCUUCCCCAAGCUCAUCAUGAUCACUGACUACCUGCUGCUCUUCCGAGUGUACGGGCUGGAGAGCCUGCGGGACCUGUUCCCCAACCUCACGGUUAUCCGCGGCUCCCGCCUCUUCUUCAACUACGCCCUGGUGGUCUUCGAGAUGGUUCACCUGAAGGAGCUGGGGCUCUACAACCUGAUGAACAUCACCCGGGGUGCUGUCCGCAUCGAGAAGAACAAUGAGCUGUGCUACUUGGCCACCAUCGACUGGUCUCGCAUCCUGGACUCUGUGGAGGACAACUAUAUUGUCCUGAACAAGGACGACAAGGAGGAGUGUGGAGAUGUCUGUCCUGGCACCGCCAAGGGCAAGACCAACUGCCCUGCCACUGUCAUCAAUGGGCAGUUUGUGGAGCGAUGCUGGACCCACAGCCAUUGCCAGAAAGUUUGCCCCACCAUCUGCAAGUCACACGGCUGCACCGCUGAAGGUCUGUGCUGCCACAGCGAAUGCCUAGGCAACUGUUCUGAGCCUGAUGACCCCACCAAGUGCGUGGCCUGCCGAAACUUCUACCUGGACGGCAGGUGUGUGGAGACCUGCCCACCCCCCUACUACCACUUCCAGGACUGGCGCUGUGUGAACUUCAGCUUCUGCCAGGACCUGCACAACAAGUGCAAGAACUCCAGGCGACAGGGCUGCCACCAGUACGUUAUUCACAACAACAAGUGCAUCCCUGAGUGUCCCUCUGGGUACACGAUGAAUUCCAGCAAUUUGGUCUGCACUCCGUGUCAGGGGCCCUGCCCCAAGGUCUGUCACCUCCUAGAAGGCGAGAAGACCAUCGACUCGGUGACGUCUGCCCAGGAACUCCGAGGCUGCACUGUGGUCAAUGGCAGCCUUAUCAUCAACAUCCGAGGAGGCAACAACCUGGCUGCUGAGCUAGAAGCUAACCUCGGCCUCAUUGAAGAAAUUUCAGGUUAUCUAAAAAUCCGCCGAUCCUAUGCCCUUGUGUCUCUUUCCUUUUUCCGGAAGCUACGUCUGAUUCGAGGAGAGACUUUGGAAGUCGGGAACUACUCUUUCUAUGCCUUGGACAACCAGAACCUGAGGCAGCUGUGGGACUGGAGCAAGCACAACCUCACCAUCAUUCAGGGGAAGCUCUUCUUCCACUACAACCCCAAGCUCUGCCUGUCUGAAAUCCACAAGAUGGAAGAGGUCUCGGGAACCAAGGGUCGCCAGGAGAGGAAUGACAUUGCCCUCAAGACCAAUGGGGACCAGGCUUCCUGUGAAAAUGAAUUACUUAAAUUUUCUUUCAUCCGGACAACUUUUGACAAGAUCAUGCUGAAAUGGGAGCCUUACUGGCCCCCUGACUUCCGAGACCUCUUGGGGUUCAUGCUUUUCUAUAAGGAGGCCCCUUAUCAGAACGUGACAGAGUUUGACGGGCAGGACGCAUGUGGCUCCAACAGCUGGACAGUAGUGGACGUUGACCCGCCCCAGAGAUCCAAUGACCCAAAGUCACAGAAACACCCCGGCUGGCUGAUGCGGGGGCUCAAGCCUUGGACCCAGUACGCCAUCUUUGUGAAGACCUUGGUUACCUUUUCUGAUGAACGGCGGACCUAUGGGGCCAAGAGUGACAUCAUCUAUGUGCAGACUGAUGCCACGAAUCCCUCCGUCCCCCUGGAUCCCAUCUCGGUUUCUAAUUCCUCAUCCCAGAUUCUUUUGAAGUGGAAGCCUCCCUCUGACCCCAAUGGCAAUAUCACGCACUACCUGGUUUACUGGGAGAGGCAGGCGGAAGACAGUGAGCUCUUCGAGCUGGAUUAUUGCCUCAAAGGGUUGAAGCUGCCCUCCCGGACAUGGUUCCCACCAUUUGAGUCCAAAGAUUCCCAGAAACACAAUCAGAGUGACUACGAGGACUCCACUGGGGAUGCUGGUAACUGCCAGGCGUCCGAGUCCUGACAGGAGAUGGGGAGUCUCUUCAAGAAGACCUUUGAGGACUACCUGCACAACGUGGUUUUUGUCCCCAGGCCCUCCAGGAAACGCAGGUCUCUUGGUGACGUGGUAAAUGUGACAAUGGCUGUGCCCACGAUCCCGGUUUUCCCCAAUGUCUCCUCCACUGUGGUGCCCACAACCCCCGAGGAGCACAGGCCCUUCGAGAAAGUAGUGAACAAGGAGUCCCUGGUCAUCUCAGGCCUGCGCCACUUCACUGGCUACCGCAUCGAGCUGCAGGCCUGCAACCAAGACUCUCCUGAAGAGAGGUGCAGCGUGGCUGCCUAUGUCAGUGCCAGGACCAUGCCUGAAGCCAAGGCAGAUGAUAUCAUUGGCCCUGUGACCCAUGAAAUCUUUGAGAACAAUGUUGUUCACUUGAUGUGGCAAGAGCCUCAGGAGCCCAACGGUCUCAUUGUGCUAUAUGAAGUGAGUUAUCGGCGAUACGGCGAUGAGGAACUCCAUCUCUGUGUCUCCAGGAAGCAUUUUGCCCUGGAGCGGGGCUGCAGGCUGCGCGGGCUGCCACCGGGGAACUACAGUGUCCGAGUCCGGGCCACCUCCCUGGCUGGCAAUGGCUCCUGGACGGAACCCACCUAUUUCUAUGUGACAGAUUACUUGGACGUCCCAUCAAAUAUUGCAAAAAUUAUCAUCGGGCCCCUUAUCUUCGUCUUUCUCUUCAGUGUCGUGAUUGGAAGUAUUUACAUAUUCCUGAGAAAGAGGCAACCAGAUGGGCCAAUGGGACCACUGUAUGCUUCCUCAAACCCCGAGUACCUCAGUGCCAGUGAUGUGUUUCCGUGCUCUGUGUACGUGCCGGAUGAGUGGGAGGUCCCUCGAGAGAAGAUCACCCUCCUGCGGGAGCUGGGCCAAGGUUCCUUUGGCAUGGUGUAUGAGGGCAACGCCAAGGACAUCGUCAAGGGCGAGGCAGAGACCCGUGUGGCGGUGAAAACAGUCAAUGAGUCAGCCAGUCUCCGGGAGCGGAUCGAGUUCCUCAAUGAGGCAUCGGUCAUGAAAGGCUUCACCUGCCAUCAUGUGGUUCGUCUCCUGGGGGUGGUGUCGAAGGGCCAGCCAACGCUGGUGGUGAUGGAGCUGAUGGCUCAAGGGGACCUGAAGAGCUACCUUCGUUCCUUGAGGCCUGAGGCUGAGAAUAAUCCGGGUCGCCCUCCCCCAACCCUGCAAGAGAUGAUUCAAAUGGCAGCAGAGAUAGCCGAUGGCAUGGCCUACCUGAACGCUAAGAAGUUUGUGCACCGGGACCUGGCAGCUCGAAACUGCAUGGUCGCCCAUGAUUUUACCGUCAAAAUUGGAGACUUUGGAAUGACCAGAGACAUCUAUGAAAUGGAUUACUACCGGAAAGGGGGCAAGGGCCUGCUGCCUGUACGGUGGAUGGCACCCGAGUCCCUGAAGGAUGGGGUCUUUACCGCAUCUUCUGAUAUGUGGUCCUUCGGUGUUGUCCUUUGGGAAAUCACCAGCUUAGCAGAACAGCCUUACCAAGGCCUGUCUAAUGAACAGGUGCUGAAAUUUGUCAUGGAUGGAGGGUAUCUGGAUCAGCCCGACAAUUGUCCAGAGAGAGUCACCGACUUGAUGCACAUGUGUUGGCAGUUCAACCCCAAGAUGCGGCCGACCUUCCUGGAGAUUGUCAACCUGCUCAAAGAUGACCUACAUCCCAGCUUUCCAGAAGUUUCCUUCUUCCACAGCGAGGAGAACAAGGCUCCCGAGAGCGAUGAGCUGGAGAUGGAGUUUGAGGACAUGGAGAACGUCCCAUUGGAUCGAUCCUCACACUGUCAGAGGGAGGAGGCUGGGGGUCGGGAGGGAGGGUCCUCUCUGGGCAUCAAGAGGAACUAUGAAGAGCACAUCCCCUACACUCACAUGAAUGGGGGCAAGAAAAACGGGCGGAUUCUGACCCUGCCUCGCUCCAAUCCUUCCUAACAGUGCCUGUUUGGGGAAGGGAUUCCUGUAAUCCCUUUCCUCUGGUUUGACACCUCCAGAAAUCUCAGGAUUCUCACAACUCUGCCCCAUGUGAAACAGCUCAGAGAUUGUUCGUACACAUUUCUGUUCAUCUUUUGACCUAACACGCACGCACACGCACACACACACACGUGUGAUUGCCAACUCAACUAGUCGUCAGAGGAUUCAACUGUGAACCUAGAGGGGAGGGGGCUUCCAUGACAGCUGCCCCUUUGGCACCCACAGUUUCAAACCAGGAUUUUCCUUUUUGUUGUUGUUUUCUAGUAGAUUGAAAGAAAACACCUGUUUUUACAAAGAUUGGUUGUUUUUUCCUUUUUCUUUUUUGCUGGUGUCUGAGCUACAGUAUAAAAGAUAAAACUUGUUUGUGGAACACAAGUUUGGAAGAAAGGAAAAACAAAACUGUGUUCCAGGAGAAUCCCAAGCUUUCUAGGUGGGAGUUUGAAAGGUUUAUUAUUAUUAUUAUUAUUUUCUUCUCAUCCAGGCAGAAGGAUUUUAUUUUUUGUUGUUCACAAAAUCAGUUCUUCAAAUUGACCAAUAGCUGCUGCUUUCAUAUAUUUGAUAAAAGGGCGUGUUGUCCUGGCACGUGUGCACAUGUGCACGCGUGUAUAUAUUGGUGUGCUCGUGCGUGUCCAGGUUAGGACCGCUGGUGUGUAUUCAUAGUAUUCACGCUGGAUUGAUGCUUUGGGAAUUGGCUCGUGAACGUUCUGCUGGUUGCAGAAUGUAAGCUCAUGUCCCUUGUCCCCUUCCUUCCUAUGUCCUGGGGGACUGUGCCCUCCAUGGAUUCUUCUUGUGUCAGAACCUUGCCUCAGGUGUCUUCUCUCUCUUCCCUGUGGUGACAGAAUGUUUUCCAGGAGCUGAGGGAAUGAGGAGUUUGGAAUCUUUGGAAGAGAAAGAACUGAGAUGACAGAGAGUUUUGAGAAUAUAUUUGUAACAUAUUUAAUUUUUGAGAAAUCUCUGGCACUUGCCACAUAAGUUAUUGACUGUU